AUGACCACGCAGACUGUGUAUACUUUCAAGUGGCGUUGCUAUAUACAUCAUCUUCUGGUGAAUGAUGUAUCAGGGUGGAUACAGCUGCUGCAACUGUGGUCACAGAUCUUGGUGAAAUGUAUCAUCAAGCAGAUACUGGUGCCAUUGUGUCAGUGUUGGCUAGAAUCGGUUAGUAAAAACUCACUGUCUGAUAAGCUAGACAGUGUUCGACAACAAUUACAGUUAAAGCUUGUGAAAAGUCUGAAGGAAUACCGGAAUCUGUAUAUUGUACAACAUCGGAUAGGAGGGAGACUGAUAUAUCCAGAAUCAUUAAGAUACUUGCCAUUAUACAUCCUGGCUCUAUGCAAAUCCCUUGCUCUGUGUGGUGGUUAUGCUGACGUCUCUCUUGAUGAACAUUGUGCCGCUGGUUUCAGUAUGAUGAUACUGCCUGCAAGAAGGCUGCUCAAUUUUAUUUAUCCAUCUCUGUACAGGCUUGAUGAAGCAUUGGCAGUGGAACCAGAUAUGAUUGAUGGGGCCCUGAAGCGGUUGCCAUUAACCUUGCAGUGCCUAGACACUGCUGGUUUAUAUCUUCUUGAUGAUGGCUUCACCUUCCUAGUAUGGUUGGGUAGGAUGCUCCAACCUGAGCUCAUGAACGACAUUCUUGGAGUCAGCCUCUCAAACUUCCCUGAUCUAUCAAAGAUUCAGUUGAGAGAAUGUGACAACAAUCACUCAAGAAACUUCAUGGCAGUACUAAGAGCCCUAAGGGAGAGGGAUUCUUCAUGUUACCAGCUGCCCCGUGUGGUACGGCAAGGCGAGCAGCCAAGAGAAGGUUUCCUACUUCUGUCCAACCUCGUCGAGGAUCAGAUGACAGGAACAAGCAGUUACAUGGACUGGAUACUCCAAAUUCACCGCCAAAUGCGGAGCUCGGGAUGA